UAACUUUCGAUUGGCAAAAACCAAAUUCAACAGCGGCGGUGUGCGUAGCUUUUUCUGCAAUACAAAACAAGUCAGAUAUGCUAAGAUAAAAAUUGAACAUGGCAACGAUACAGCAACAUUCAUCAAGACAAAAGCAACCACUUCGGCAGCCGCAGCAACACCAAUUCGCAUUGCUUCCAAAGAUUCUAAAUGGCGGCAUUGCAGGCAUAAUUGGUGUAACAUGUGUUUUUCCACUGGAUUUGGUAAAGACGCGGCUGCAGAGCCAGCAAAUAGGCCCCAAUGGCGAACGCAUGUACAACAGCAUGUUCGAUUGCUUUCGCAAAACGUACGCAACCGAGGGUUACUUUGGCAUGUACCGCGGAUCCGGCGUUAAUAUACUCCUAAUCACUCCAGAAAAGGCCAUCAAACUGACUGCAAACGAUUACUUUCGGCAUAAGCUGACCAGCAAGGAUGGCAAACUUCCUAUAAGCAGCCAAAUGAUAGCGGGCGGCUUGGCUGGCGCGUUUCAAAUAAUUAUAACAACGCCCAUGGAACUGCUAAAAAUACAAAUGCAGGAUGCUGGACGUGUGGCUGCUGCUGCCAAAUUGCUGGGCAAAAGUGUUGAGAGCACCUCAGCUACCCAACUGGCCACAAAACUGCUUAAGCAGAAGGGUAUUCUUGGACUAUACAAAGGCAUUGGUGCUACAGGACUUCGCGAUAUUACAUUUUCCAUAAUUUAUUUUCCACUGUUUGCCAAGCUUAACGAACUUGGUCCACGGCGCUCAGAUGGCUCCGGUGAAGCAGUUUUUUGGUGCUCUUUCCUAGCAGGAUUAGCAGCAGGCUCGAUAGGCGCCUUGGCAGUCAAUCCAUUGGAUGUGGUCAAGACACGUUUGCAAGCUAUUAACAAAGUCGAUGGUGGAAAGGAAUUUAAGGGCAUUUCCGAUUGCAUUACUAAAACCCUAAAGCACGAAGGAUUCAGCGCAUUUUUCAAGGGCGGCCUUUGUCGCAUGAUUGUGAUUGCUCCAUUAUUUGGCAUUGCACAAACUAUUUACUAUUUAGGAGUUGCCGAAGGACUGCUUGGUGUGCAAAAAAGUAAAUGAUCUAUGCAUUAAUGUAUUCUGUAUGUUGUCGUGUU